AGAUAUGUCGAAAACAGCGUUUCUAAUACUUGAAAUGCAAAUGUCACAAAAGUACAAUACAACCCCUCCCCGAUAUUUGCAUGAGUCAGAGGGGUCUGUGUUCUUUAAUUCUCGGUUUAGUGAGCUUCCCAAAGUGUGGCUUUUCAUACCGGAGAGCCUGUGCGACAACACGGUACCCUUGGUGUCAAGGAGGGUCUAUUGUACGGGGCUCCUGUUGUGCCUAUUGUCCGCUCAAAAAGGGACUAUCGAUGCGAAUCCGGUUCGACCUACUGACGGAAUUUCACUUGAUUAAAGGCCAUUGUGCAAGAUUAUAUCAUUCCUUCCAACAGAAACACUGCUUACUUCGUGAGCAAGUAUCACAUUCAUUAUAUUUUUUAAACAGAAGUGGUAUUGAUGGUAUUGUUAAAAAGACUUUAUAGUUCUGCACAAGAGGGUCAUAAAGUGAGAAGUUGAACUGUGGCACUGCAAUAAAUUUGCUGAUCUCUUUAAACUUUUUCGACAUGAAUAGCGCAUCAAGCUGUAGGGUCAGAGCGCACCCACGCAAAAUAAAAUUUUGAUUGAGUACACACGUUGACCCACUACCAACACCUUACGUGGGUUUAUAGCUCGUACUGUGAAAACAUUAGGGCGGUUACUGACGUGACAGGAUAAUACGCGGUGUGCCACUUGCAGUGUCAGUGGACCAAUUUCGCUGCGGAGUUCGAGUGUUUGCUUUGGAUCUUGUAAGGAACAGUGUUCACUUUUUCAGGACUGAAGUGAAUUCAUCUUCUGGGAUUCGACUGAAUGAGAGCAGGUAAUUGUGGACUGGAUUGUUAGAGAUCGUUGGUAUUGGAAUACAAAGAAUAAGAUGGCAGUGUGGAAUGGUGUGAGAGUACUGUGUUUCGUGAUCGCUGUGACAAUUACCGGGGUUUGGGCCCAACUGGAACCUUCCUUCGCCGUUCGGCCCUCGGCUACAGUGGGCGCCGUCGGUCACUCCGUUACCAUCUACUGCACCAUAGCCAACCUGGGCCGGCAGCACCAGGUGUUCUGGAACGUCGAUGCGGCCCAGGAUUUCACCCUGGGUCCCGACACCAACGUGCACGCCUCCUAUCCCCGCUUCCAAUUCGUGGGGGACCGGUCCAGCGGCCAAUUCAACCUGCAGAUUGCCAACGUAAGCAGUACAGAUGAGGGGACGUACAUCUGUCUGGUCCGCGAUCUGACCGAUGAAGGUCCAGUCAAGGAAGCCCAAGCAAAACUGACCGUUAUUGACAACCCCAUGUCGCCAGAUUCUGGUUAUCCACGAUGCCUAAGAAGUCCACUGAGAACUGUAAACAUGCCGACAGGGGUGUACAUGAAGGAUGAUACCUUAACCCUCACUUGUACCUCCAAAGGGGGCGUGCCCCUCCCACAACACUCCUGGGUCAGAGUCAACAUUGAUGACACCGUCAACGAUCUGAAAAGUACGACGACUGCCAUCGUCGACGUGGUAACCACUGAGGCUAAGAUUACCCUAUCCAGCAGGGACAAUCAGGCUUACUACAAGUGUAUCGAGACCCACCCCGCCAGGCCUGGCGAUGACAGAGAUUGUAUGACACCGUUCUCUGGCUCUGAGUCCCGCAUGGACGUUCGCUUCGCACCGGAAGUUGACAUCACUCCAGAUGUGGUCACCGUCGAGAUCCUUGGUGUCACCAAGGUGACACUAGUCUGCGAAGCCAACAGCAACCCUCCGCUCACCGAGAAACCGCAAAUCAUCCUCCCAGUGAACAAGACAGGUGUUUACCCCAAUGAGAUGGACAGGUCUCUGGUGGAGGUCGAGAUGACCACGGAUGACAUCGGUAAGGACUUUUUCUGCAUAGCGCAGAACGACCUAGGCGUCGGUGAAGACCGAGUUGACGUACAGAUGGGGUCGUUCCCAACAUGGCUGAUACUCGUCAUCAUUGGCGGGAUCGCAGUCGUCCUCUUCUUCGUCUUCGUCUUGAUCGCGUGCGUCUGUUGCAUCGACAGACCGGACCCAGUUGAGGACGUGAAGGAGAAGGACCCGAACCUCUUGCGAGUCACCCCAAAGAGGUCCACCAAGCGCAGGUCCCUGAGACACGAGGGGGAGGACGAGUUCUUGGACGACGGCAUGAUUCCCAUCGAUAACUUCCAAGGCGGUCAUGAGAAUCUUGACGUUGAGGAGGCCCGGGAGGACAAGGCGGAAGAACUUGCUAUCAACUCAGACUUCGAGACGGGAGAGAGGGGUCCGAGGUACCAGAACGUCAACGAAGUGAUGCAGGAGGUCAAUGCCUUAGACCACCCAGAUGAUGAGAUCCUUGCUCCUUACAACCCUGAACCUCCAGUAGAUGAAGCUGAGCCCAUCCCUGUCGAUUUAGUUGAGUAAACAUCCUUAAUAGUGCACUGUGAUAUCCUACGCAUCUUUACGACCUAUAACCUUAAAAGGCUGUGUCCGAACUCUACCAGUUUAUCGUGUUGAAUUUAACACUCUUGGUAUAUAUCACGGGAAAAUGAUCCUACAUAAAUAUCACCUCAUUCAUUUCAAUGAAAACACGGUUUGGUGUCCAGCUGCGGACAUCCAACGUAGCGUGUCAAUAUCAAAUCCAAAGCUGUAACCUUAAUACAAACAGACACCAUAAUACAGAGCUGCUAAGCCAAAAACAAAGUUGCUAAGCUGAGAAUAUAUCUGCUAAGGCAAACAAGGGCACCAGCCAAAAUGUUGCAUUAUGUGAACUGCUUGUAACUGCUUUACGACAGCUUUUUUGCUCAGCAAGGAAAUUAAAUCUGCUAAUCAGAGUUUCCUGCUAAGCAAUUCCAUGAAAUUGGUCCAAAUUCGAACGCAGCCUGGAAGGUCUUAUGUCGAAUAAUUUUCAAAUUUAUACCAGCGUAUAGCUUAACAUCAUAUUUCAGAGGUGGAGGGAAUUGGCUAACACUACUAUAAAUGAUCUGAAAUCUCGUGUUAAAAUGUCGGCUGGGCCAAGUUGGUUUAUGUGCUUAACAAGAACGAUUUUUUUGUUUAAUUUUGUCAAUAUCCCUUCAGUGUAUACAGAAAUCAAAUUACAUGUAUUUGGCGAACUUUAAAUCAGCACCGGGUAAGAAGCAGGGGUCCACCAAAAGUUGGAUGAAUUCGCUAUGGGUUAGUGAACACAAACUUGUUAGGAACCAUAACAUAGUUCAUAAAUGACAUAGUAUACAGUGUUUAUGAAUUACGUCGGCGAAGGGCAAAAACCCCAAUAUAAAAUUUAGCUCCAAUUUUAGAGCACAAUUGUGUUAUAAUUGACACCUCUCGCGUAUUCACUUCAGUUCCUGUUUCACUUAAAAAUGAUUUUUGAAGUUAUGAAAGCAACAGCCAACACACUUCACUUUAACCGUAAUGUGCAAAAGGAUGAAACUGCAAUUUAUGUCUUCAAUUUUGUAAUAGUCAAACCGACAUCAAGCUAGCUAUACAUUAAAGUGACGUUGUAGAUGUAAACAUUUCUGCAUUGCCGAAGUUUUUUAAAACAUGUUUAAUUGAUUCUUUUUAUUAAGUAAGCCUGGUGUAUACCGUAUAAAUGCAACUCAUAAUAAGACUUUUUGUAAAAUCGUAGUGGUGACAGAUUUUUAAUUUUUUUUUACUUUUGACUUUUUACCCUGCUGAGAAGUAUGCCAUGUCAAUAAAGAAUUUCUUAUAUGAAAUUGUAGUUUUAGGUAGAGCUUGAAAGUAUAUAAAUAUUUUCAUCAGUAAGUGAUUUCUGAAUUUGUUUUCUUUACAAAACCUUGAAAAUUGUGUCUAUGCUGGAGCUUUGUAAAAAGCCAGGAGCGAUAAUUUGAAGGGUUUUUUGUCUUCCCUAUAUCACGUGACAAUUUUUCAAUAUGGCGGAAAUCGCCGGGUGCUUGUUACAUUUUGAAAAGUUGUGUCAGAAGACAAGUUACAGAUGGAUAAAAUUAUUGCUUGAUGUCUUGUAAUGCGCUUUCUUGUAAAUCAUUGGGAUAUGUAUUAUGUAACAGCAAUUUAUUUUUACUGUAAAGGAAGUGCUUUGUAUAUUUUGUCACAUUAAAAACAUGUACUUUGCUUUUA